AUGUACAAGACUCUAUAUUCAUUCCUGUCUCUCGUCCUUGCUACCCCUAUCAGCACCUUGCCCGAAACACAUCACACUCAGAUCCAGCGAAGGGAACCCUGUUCCGGCAACACCCCCUCUACUCGAGACCAGUGGUGCGACUUUGAUAUCCAUAGCGACUACUACACAGUCACACCGGAGACUGGCGUAACGAGAGAGUACUGGCUCGAGAUCAGCGAAGUUCUCGUUGCUCUUGAUGGAGUAGAGAGGCCAGCCCAGGCUAUCAAUGGGACAAUACCAGGACCGACACUGUUCGCUGACUGGGGUGAUGAAGUGAUUGUUCACUUAAAGAGCAACCUAGAGGGCUCCACCAACGGCUCGUCCUUUCACUUCCACGGCACUCACCAAAACUACACCAACCCCCAAGAUGGAGUCGUGGCCAUCACCCAGUGCCCUGUUGCCCCCGGCUCGUCCAUCACAUACAAGUGGCGCGCCACCCAGUACGGCACAUCGUGGUAUCACUCGCACUUUGGCCUCCAGACGUACGAUGGCGUCUUUGGCGGCUUGAUCAUCCGCGGCCCGGCCAGUGCAAACUACGAUGAGGACGUGGGGACCAUCAUGAUCAGUGACUGGUCUCAUCGGACCGUCCACCAGUUACUCCCCGAAGUUGCACGUAAAGGCCCAGCUUUGAUGGACAACGUCCUGAUCAAUGGCACCAACGUGCACGGGAGAGAUGGUCAAAGGAACCAGACUGGGCAGCGGUUCUCCAUGAGGUUUAAAAAGGGCAAGACAUAUCGUCUUCGUCUCAUCAACGUCGGGAUCGACACCCUGUACAAGUUCUCCAUCGACCACCACACUCUCAAGGUUAUUGCGGUCGACUUUGUCUCCAUCAAACCAUACGAAACCGAUCACGUUAGUCUAGCUAUCGGUGAACGUAUGGAUGUCCUCGUCACUGCCGACCAAGCCUCAGAAGCCUCUUCCUUCUGGCUCCGCGCCACCCCCCAGCAAGACUGCAGCAAAAUCGCCGACCCAGACAACGUCCUGGGCAUUGUCUACUACGGCUCAAGCAACUCUACACCCACUACCAAGGGCCCCAAGUUCGAGGACAAGUGCAUAGACGAGCCCUACGAAAGCCUCGUCCCCGUUGUCCCGCGAAACGUUGGCCCUCCCGAUCACCAAUUCGAGCAAAACGCCAACCGCACAUGGAAUGAAGACGGCAUCAUCAAAUGGACCCUCAACAGCACCACAAUGGUCGCCGAAUGGGAUAAUCCAUCCCUCCUCAAGCUCCGCACAAAUACCUCCUUCGCCCCCUCCAACGCCGUCAUCCGCAUCCCCAAACCCAACGCCUGGGUAUACCUUGCUAUCGAGACCAACCUUGACAUCUCCCACCCCAUCCAUCUUCAUGGCUACGACUUCCAGAUUCUCGCCCAAGGCCCUGGACCCUACGGACCCAAUAUCACUCUCAACACCAAAAACCCUCCACGUCGCGAUACCGCACUUCUCCCCGCUUCGGGACAUCUCGUGCUUGCCUUCCUGACUGAUAACCCUGGUGUCUGGUUGAUGCAUUGUCAUAUCGGAUGGCACGCUGCGGAAGGCUUCUCGUUACAGUUUGUAGUACGCGAGGACGAGAUCCCAGCCCUUAUAUCGGAGCAACAAGCCAAGGAUAUUAACCAAGGCUGUAAAGCAUGGAAGGAGUUUACUCAUAACUCUGAGAUGGAGCAAGACGAUUCUGGAAUUUGA